AUGAACCCGAACCCAAACCGUGGCUGGGUUCGGGUCUGUGGAACACUAUUGGGAACCAUUAUCUCAGGAGCCAUUGUCUCAGAAACCAAUAUUUUAGAAACUAUUGUCUUGGAAACUAUUGUCUCAGAAAACAUUGCUUCGAGAACUAUUGUCUCAAGAACUAUUGCCUUUGAAAUUAUUAUCUCGAGAACAAUUGCCUUAGAAACUAUUAUCUCAGGAGCCAUCAUCUCCAGAACUAUUAUCUCAGGAGCUAUUGCCUCAAGAACCAAUGUUUUGGGUACUAUUGCCUCAGAAACCAAUAUCUUGGGAAUCAUUUCUUCAAGAACUGUUAUUUCAAU